AUGACGGCAGCCGCGCCAAGACUUGGUAACGUCGCUGCAUUGAUUCCUUGUGUCUCGAUCUGUUCCUUCCUUUCUUUCUCCCUCCACCUCCCCCCAUGGUCGAUUCUUCUUCUUCGCUUCUGCCCUGUUCCCUGGCUUCUUGACUCUCCUUUGCAUGUGGCCAGCCCUCUGCGACCCGUGUUGCAUCGUGGUGCGCUGCUGCCUGCCGCCUGUACGCUCCGCCCCGAAUUGCUCCCACUCAGUCUCUCUUUUGCCCGUACCUGUCCUUUCCGCCGAAUAAUUGCGCAUUGGCUCUGCUGCGGCUCUGGAACAUCGACCUAUACCGUUUCUAUACCACCUGCGAUCAUCACUAUUGCUCCUCCCACGAAGCCCAUGCACCUGCACCGCGAGCUCCUUGCUGCUUGCCGGUAG